AGACAGAGGCUGGUAGAGAGAGAGAGAGAGAGAGAGAGAGAGAACGCUUUACCGCAGUAUCACUACAUUUCUGCAUCACUCAUCAAAACUCUGCGGCAUGCUAACUAGAUCUGGGGGAGGGCUGAUACCGGGUUUGUGCUGAGUGUAGUGUCAACACCACCGUCGUUUAGUAUAGAUUGACUGUAAUUAGAUACAGUAGCACGGAGCCGCCGGAUUGUUCAUCCUUUUCUUUCAAACAGCUCGUCAUUUGUGCGCUCGCUAACGACUUUCUGCAUCCUAUCAGAGUAAAACAUUUCACAUCUCACCAAAACGCCUAUUACAUUAGGUUAUAACGCCCGGUAACAGUCCGUGGAUUAAACAAAUUUAGCAAAAUGGCAAAGGAUGCUGAGAAGAGCACUUGGAAGGACUUCAUAUGGAACUCCAGGACCCGAGAAUUUUGUGGCAGGACAGGGAGCAGCUGGGGCCUCAUCCUGCUCUUCUACCUAGUGUUCUACAUCUUCCUAGCAGGCAUGUUCUGCCUCACCAUGUAUGUCAUGCUGCAGACCUUGGAUGACUACAAACCCACCUGGCAGGACAGGCUUGGCACACCAGGCAUGAUGAUCAGACCCAGGGGACAGGCAAUGGAGAUCUCCUACAACACCACCAACACUGAGACCUGGGACAUGUACAUCAAGACACUGGACAACUUCCUCUCCCCCUACAACAACUCUCUGCAGGCUGAGAAGAAUGAAGAGUGCACACCGGACCAGUAUUUUAUUCAGGCAGACAGUGGUGAUGUGAAGAACAACCCCAAGCGCUCCUGCCAGUUCAACCGCACCUUUCUAGAAAAAUGCUCUGGCCUUGAUGACCAUACCUAUGGAUACCAGGCUGGCAAACCAUGCAUCAUCAUCAAGCUGAACCGGGUCAUUGGGAUGUUGCCAGGAAAGGAUGGCCAGGCUCCAUUUGUCACCUGUGGAGCGAAGAAAGAAGACUCUGAUAAGAUUGGAGAGGUGGAGUACUACCCUGAAAAUGGCACCUUCAACCUCAUGUACUACCCUUACUAUGGCAAGAAAGCUCAGGUGAACUACUCCCAGCCGCUGGUUGCCAUCAAGUUCCUCAACAUAACCCUCAAUGAAGACAUCAACAUCGAGUGCAGGAUCAUCUCCAACAACAUUCCUCCUGGGAGUGUAAGAGACAAGUUUGCGGGGAAAGUGUCUUUCAAACUGAGGAUCAACACUAAAGGCUAGAUGUACAUUCUCUCUCACUAACAUGUCCACCCACCUCUACCUUCUGUACACAGGUACACACACACACACACACACACACACACACACACACACACACACACACACACACACACAUACACACAUACAGAGACAGAAUUAACACCCUCCGUUUGUCGAAUAGAAUAUGUUUACAACUUCAAUUUACCCUAGAUGUCGGGCAUUGUAUGUCCAGUGGAGUGAUGAUGUCAGAAUGGUGGAGUUAAACGGGUGGUAAUUCUGUCUCUGUUUCUGUGUGUGAGCUUUGAUUCUUUUCUGUAAAUUAGUUUGAGGUGAAGUCUGUUUAUACUGCAUGACUAACUAGGGGAUAUAGUGGACAUAAACAUGAAUGAUUUCAAAGUUUGCAAGGAGAAGCAACGCCUCUUACCAGUUUACUGUUGCUCCUUCAUCUCUGCCUCCCUAUAGAGUGCCCCUCUAUAUACAAAUAUACACAAAAUACAAUACAACCGUGUAUAUCUAUUUAUAUAUCAUAACCUUAUAUCAGUAUGUCUAUUUUGUUGCGCUUAAAAAAUAAUCCAACAGCUAAAACAUACGAUGAAAAAACAUAUUUUUGUGGAUGAAGGGAGAGAUGGAGACAUUUUGCAUGUGUGUACUGUCUUUAGUGCCCUAAGAAGGCGGGAGGCCCCAUGUCUCAGCUCUCUGCUCUGCUAUGUGGGAAUUAUAAACGAGGCUAUGUUAAACUGCUGGCCACCAGGAGGGACCACGCUGCACUCUGCAGUGAUCAUCCAAUUUAACCCAUAAGAAGAUAGCAUCUCCAACAUGGGGAGCUACAGAGGUCAAGACCUUUGAGUCUGUGUGUGCGUGUGUAUGUUUGUAUGUGUGUGAGUAUGUACUGUACAUUUAAUUUGUAUGACCAAAUUCCAUUUGCAAGACAGAAUGCAUACUGUAGGUCGGGAAGAUGCAUAUGCAACGUGCAAUAUCAAUUAAGAAUGACACAUCAUGCACAUUAUACACAUUCAACAGGACUCUUUUGUCAUAAACACUUGAAUUGCACAUGGUCAUAAAUCGGAUUAGGCUUCCAUAACAUGAAUAUACACUUCAUUGUCCUUACAUGGUUUAUGUUCACAUCGGUGUUCCUACAGCUCAAGGCUUAGGGCUAGUUUGUUUGUUCAUAGUUUUUUGCAUGUGCAUCGCAUCUAUUGACAUGCUCGUAUACAUAUAAGAAAGAGAUGCUGUUCUUCUAUUUUGUAUUGAUUUGCACUGGUUUGUGUUUUUCUUGUGAAGAGGAGAUGCUUAUGGUUCUGUGGAGAAGGAAAAAUAGAGAGUUUGUUUUGUUUCUACGUUUGUUGAAAUGUAUAUUCAAACAUGUGGUACCAUUUUAAUCAGUUGUACAUGAUUUGUUACUGCUGUAAUAGUGCAUCUCAGUUUGAAGGCUGUCUCCAACAUCUGAUUACAUUGGCCAGAAUGUCUGUACGGCUGGUUUGGUGAUAACGGUAAUCUGUUUGAUUUAUUUUUAUUUUGGUAGGAAUCUCUACCAUUACAUUGCUUUAAAAAGGGUGCAACAGACCAACCAACCUUGUAGUUGGAGGGUGUACUAUAACUAAAAGCAGCUACAGUUGAGCAUGUGCAAGAGAGUUUAUGAACUUGCUCUAGAAUGAUGGUCAAUGUGCUGGCGCACAGAUGCCCUGGAUGUGCUGCUGACUUGGGGCUGGAUUCAAUCCGUAACGCUAAACUUCGGCAUACAGAUUGAAUCCAGCCCUUGAUUCUGUACACAUAAUGAGAAAAACCAGUUGAGGAAUCUAUGGAUCUGAGCGAGUGCUGCUGAACACUGGCUGUGACAUUGUGGCAAUGUGACUCUGAUCCUUCUUCAACGUCAUAGCGACACUUUUAGAACUCGAGCAUCUGUUCACUCAGCUUAAGGGUUGGGUUGACUUUUAGGACCUUUCUUCGCUCAGUCAGUAUAAGGUGUAUAUCAAUCAAUUUUCCUUCAUUUUGGUUGAAGUUGCACCUCAGUAAUAUCAUCAUCAUGAACACUUGACAGUAUAACAAUAAUCAGUAUAUAAAUAAUCUGUUUAGUUUGAUAGCUGUAUAAUACACGUUGAGGAUGACUACACAAAGUCAAUUGACUCCAUGCUAAACAUCCAUGUUGCGUGUGGCCUACCAAUAAUCCUUGUUUUUGACAUUGUGAGACAAUGGAGUGAACAGUGCUAUUUCCUCGUUAGCAUUCCUCCUCCACUCAGUCUGUUUCGCAUGCUGAGAUUUCACUGUAAUCUCUUAAUCUGGUCAGAUAAUCUAGAGCAGGUACUUUAUUCUCUCUUUGUAGUUCCUCCUUCCUGUGUCAACCCCCUCCUUCUCUCUUUUGUCCACACACACACACACACACACACACACACACACACACACACACACACACACACACACACACACACACACACACACACACACACACACACACACACACACACACACACACACAGAAUCAUCCACCCUUUCUGUUAAAAGAUGUCAGGUGAGGAAUGACUGUGCUUGGUUCCACAGUUCCUUUAAGGUCUAUAUUAUUAUUAUCAUGGUUUUAUCCAUGUGACCCAUGUAUUGCCAUGUUGUAUCACAAGAUGUUUUGUCCCAUGAGCCCAUUCCAUUCACAAUUCAAUCUACAAGUAAAUGUGUAUCCAUGGUGUGUGUAGCCACACAAAUACAUAUAUGUGGAUAUAUUCCAAUUGUAAAAUUAAUGCUUUCCUUUUCUGCCCACAAAAAAGUAGUCCUGCCACAUUCCCUCCAACCAAAGAUAUUCAUGAUCAUUUUAACAGUAUGAAAUAAUCGUGCUGCAUCUACAGACCACAGAUCUCUAAGAGAAAGGGUUUAAUUUAUGAAGGAUGAAGGAAGUCCUAUUCUUCUAUAAUGCUACGCACAGAAGGAGCAGGUGUCACUAAAUAACAACAGUGCCUCCUGGUGGGUGGACAGAUGUGUUGUUCCCCAAUAUCGCCGAAUGUUAUUUAAUGUUGUCUCCAUAUAUCCGUUUUUAUAUGAUCAUUUGGAGAUGUCUUCAAAAAGCAAUAUAUUCAUUUCCUGUGUUGCUGAUGAUGUUUUUAUUCUUGGAAUGGCUGUAACAUGUUUAUAGUAGCAUUAAUCAUCAUGAGCGUGAGGAAGAAGACAGAAAGAACGUGUAAAUAUUAUGUUCACAAAUAGAUAUACAGUUAUAUGUCUGCCAAUGCACAUCUUCAAGAUUGAACAAUAGAAACACUUAACAGUUUUGUUUUCAAAAGAGAUCAAGUAUUUUUAUUGUUAUUUUGUUGUAAAGAGGAGAUUAUGUAUUAGCUUUGGAUUGUAAGAAGACAGGGGUGCUACCUGGUAGGUGUUUGACCUGUAAACUCUUGACUCUGGUUGAACACAUACCAAGUAUGGUUGAAUGUAGAACACGUUUCUUUUUUGGUUACCAUCUUUCUCUAUUUUGUUUUCAACCUUGCAGUAUGGAAUGUUUGCAAUGAUGAGAGCUCCACUCUUUCUCAGUCAUUGUCUACUGGAUACUCUUUCAGAUGAACAGUGCAUGUCUUUAUAUGGGCCACAGUAUGAUGAGAUGAAGGAGGGUAUCAUCUUGGUUUGAUCAGUUACACUGAUUCAACAGAAAGCUGCAUAUUUACAGUAACUGCAAUGGAUUUAUCCUCAAACAGCACAAUACUCGCCUGUGACCACUGCAUGUGGCAAACUAGUGUGAACUACCUAUUUGUUUCAAACUCACUUCUGAAGCAGCAAGACACAGCUUUUCACAAAGGUCCACCCUGAAAAGAUUAGCAAACGUAUCCCUGAUUUAAGACUAUCUUGAAUCAGACAGAUAAUUCAAAAUGAUCUAAGGCAGAAAUCCUUUGAAACACAUUGGGAUAGUCUCACCAAAAAAUGAAAAUGGCUGAUAAUUCUAUUUUCUUUGGAUCUUUUUUUGCUGUUAUUGUAUUUAUAUAUAUUUUUUGCUCAUGUUCGUUGUAAAAAAUGAUAGAGAAAUCAAUAAACGUGAUUGAAAGAAACACAA